AUGGAAUUCUCCGAAAUGGCUCCCUGCAAACCUCGUACCUUCACAGCCGGUCAAGAUCCGCUGACAAAAUUUGAUGGAGCCAUUUCGGUCCGUAAUCUGCCCCGGCCCCCGGACCGCUUGUUCCUGUUUCACGGUAUCAUGAGGCCAAGUCGCGGCAUCUAUGCCAAGCUGAUCGCCACCGGCCAAAAGCCCCCCCACACAUUUCCACCCGUCCCAAUGGGAAUUCUUCCGCGUUCUUCGCGGGAACCUUACUAUUGA